GGGUCCCUUAUCUGUUUCCUCUUCUGUUGACAAGAAGCCGCACUGUUUGCUGAAGGGAUCAGAAGCUACGGCCAGUUAUUGUUGGGUUCGGUUUGAGAACUCUACUCUGUCUCUCCCUCUCUCUGUCUCUCGGGAUUCAUUCAAUAUAUCCCUAACAGCACUUCCCGUUCUCCUCACUGCUUCGACCCGUCCCGCUCGAGCGUACGAACAGCUCCAGCGCUUGAUCGCGUGCGGCCCCCGCGAGAGCUGCGAGUCUCUCAGAGUCGCGCGCCGGCGAUCAUUCAGUUGCGUGUCGGCACCGAUACGGUUAGGAUGCAGCAGCACUAGCACUAGCACGUUGAGCGAGCAGUAUUAUGUCGCUAGAGCACUGGUCGGUCGCGCUGGAUGUACUGCUGCAACAGCUUCAACAGCAGCCGCCACACCAUUUGCUGGACAACGCUCCCCCCUACCAUUUGCAAACAGGUACAGCGGUACGGGCCUUCUUUGCGAGCCUGGAGGGGAGGGUAGCUCGUGGGUUUUGCCAAGCUGCAAGUAAGAGUGGAGAGCAACAACAGCUGCUGGGCACGUCCCCGAUCCAGUACACCGUCCUGUCGAUGGACACACCGUCGCCGUCGUCGUCGUCGGCAGCAGCAGCAGUGGUCAGUGUUGGAGAGUUUACGCUCGGCCCGGGUCGCACCUAUGCCAGUGCGCUUUCGCCAUCGUCAUCGUCCGCAUCGCCAUCGUCACCGUCGUCGGUCGCAUCGCCCAACAGCCGGGCCAGCAACAUGUCCCCGGAGUCCAGUGCCAGCGAUCAGAGUGCUGCCUAUACGCUGCAAAACCUGAACCUUUCCAGUAGCGCCGGCACGAUGAACUAUCCUGGCAUGGGUUAUCAGCAGCAGCAGCAGCAACAGCAGCAACAACAACAUCAACAUCAACAACUUCAACAGCAGCAGCAUCACUAUUACACACCGCAGCUGCUGAAUCUCGACCAGGAGCAACUGCAAACGCAAACCUUCACCUACGUCACAUCGUCGAACGAAGCGUUUGCCGCACCGGAACCGAACUACAGCGAGCCGCAUCUGGUGAUCCUGGAGCAGCCGGUGGACAAGUUUCGCUUCCGCUACCAGUCGGAGAUGCACGGGACGCACGGUUCGCUGAUGGGCAGCCGGACGGAGAAGUCGAAGAAAACGUUCCCGACCGUCGAGCUGCGUGGGUACGGUGGGGAGGCGAAGGUGCGCUGCUCCCUCUAUCAGGUGGAUCCGCAACGGCGCGCCCCCCAUUCGCACCAUCUGGUGAUCAAGUCCGGCGAGCUGGAUCUGAUCGAUCCGCACGAUCUGGAUGUGGGUGGCGCGGCGGGAGCGGCUGAACCAUCGGAGGGUGUUGGCGGGGACGGCAAGUAUGUGGCCACCUUCCAGGGUAUGGGCAUCAUACACACGGCGAAGAAGUUCAUCGCCGAGGAGCUGUACAAGAAGCUGCGCAAGCAUCGGCUGUGCGAGCUGAACCGGGAGCCGACCGAGCGCGAGGAGCAGCAGAUGCAGAAGGAGGCGGCCGUAAUGGCGCGCACGAUGAACCUCAAUCAGGUGUGCCUGUGCUUCCGGGCGUAUCGGGUGGAGCCGGGUACGGGCCGCUGGGUCCCGAUCUGUGAGCCGGUCUACUCGAACCCAAUCAACAAUAUGAAAAGUGCACUUACGGGCGAGCUGAAGAUCUGCCGGCUCAGCACCACCGUCAGCGGGGUGGACGGUGGCGAGGAGGUGUUUAUGUUUGUCGAAAAGGUGUGCAAAAAUAACAUCAAGAUUCGGUUCUACGAGCUGGACGAGUACGACCAGGAGGUGUGGCAGGAGAUGGCCAUCUUUUCCGAGGCGGACGUCCAUCACCAGUAUGCGAUCGCGUUCAAGACGCCACCGUACCGGCACAAGGACAUUACCGAGCCGGUCGAGGUGCUGAUGCAGCUGUUCCGGCCGCGCGACCGGUGCCAGAGCGAGCCGGUACUGUUCAAGUACAAACCGCGGCCCGGCAUGAUGGUGGUGCCGGGCGCUGGUGCUAGUGGUGCGUCGCGCAAGCGGCUCCGCAUCAGCUCGGGCAAUGUGUCGUCCGAAAUUCCCACCGUCAUCCAGAACGACCCUAAUGGGCCUGUUGGACCCGCUGGAGUAGGUGGUGGUGGAGGUGGAGGAGGAGGUGGUGGCGGUGGUGUUAUUGGUUCAGGAUCAACUACACGACUACCGCCUCUGCAUCAACCAUUCCCAAUGCUGGCCAAUCAUGCUGGCGGCGGUGCCAUUCCGGAAGGUCAAGAACCCACGUCGACCACAUCGCUUACGACGUCAGCCCAUCAUCCGGACAUUAUGAGCGGCAUCGGUUCCACCACCACCAUCUCCAAGGAGCUAACGAAGGCCAGCAUCAUCCAGGAGAUACUGAACAUUCCGACGACGAUCGCGUCGGACGUAGCGUUCGACUCGAGCGACUUCCCCUGCAACUCGGAAGAGUUCAACAAACUCAUCCAAGAGAUCGGCAAUCAGCAGGAUCUGGUCAAGCUGGAGACGGACGCAGAAACGGCUGGCGGUGGCGCCACCGAUACGGAAAGUGUGCUGGGACGGGCGAUUGCCGAUCUGGUCGCGUCCGGGGACGAUUCGCGGCAGGGCGAAAUGUUGCGCAAGCUGCUCGCCCUGAUCAAGCUGUUCGCCGGGGACGUGAAUCGCUCGCGGCAGCUGCUGGCCUCCCACUGGACCGCUGCCAAUCAGCAGCAGCUCAACUGCCUGCACGCUGCAAUCCGGCGCAACGAUACGACGAUCGCCUGCAAGCUGAUCGAGCUGCUGCACGAGUACCAGCUGGCGGAGGAGCUGCUCGAUCUGCCGAACGAUCGCAACGAAACCGGCCUCCAUCUGGCCGUGUCGGGCAACAGCGAGCCGAUCGUGAAGGCGCUGCUGGGGGCCGGCGCGAAGCUGCACUACUGCGAUUACCGCGGCAACACGCCCCUGCACCGGGCGGUCGUCGAGAAUGUGCCCGAUAUGGUGCGGCUGCUGCUGCUGCAGGGAGGUUUGCGGCUCGACUGCACCAACGACGACGGGUUGACCGCGUUGCAGGCGGCCGUGUAUGCUCGAAAUUUGAAAAUCACGCGCAUCCUGCUGGAGGCGGGUGCGUCGGUGCGCGAGAAGGACCUCAAGCACGGCAACAACAUCCUUCACAUUGCGGUCGACAAUGAUGCGCUCGAUAUCGUGCACUACAUACUGGAGGAGGUGAAGGAGGAGCUUGGGCGGGAGCGGAACAAUGCCGGCUACACGCCGCUGCAGCUGGCCGACGCGAAGAGCCACACCGGGCAGGGCAAUAACAAGCUGAUCGUGCGGGAACUGUUGCGCCACUACCCGGAUGGGUUGCAGAAGGAGGUGAAGAAGGAGGUUGAUGCCGCAGAAGACGACGAGGAGGAAGAGGAGGAGGAAGAGGAGGAGGAAGACGAGGAUGAGGAAGGGGGGGAGGAGCACGGGCAGAGGGAAGCAUCGGCACCGUCCAGCAGCGUGCUCGAUUCGAUGGAUCUGAUCAACGGUGAGCGGGCCUCCAUUGCGCGACUGCUGGAGGAGCACGAGCCGGAAGCGGAACCGCAGCGUAAAGCCACCAAGCGGUCGGACAGUGGCCCGGAUCGAACCGAGCCCGAUACGCUACUCGACGAGCAGUGCCUGGAGGAGCUGUGCCGGCUGCUGGACGCAGGCAGUGGCUGGCGCGAGCUCGGUUCGCUGCUCGACUUUCACUCAUUCUUUACCGUGUGGGAGCAGGCGCCCAGCCCGGCACGGAUGUUGCUCGGGUACUUUGAGAUGCAGCAUCUCCACCUGGACCGGCUGAUCGAUAUGCUGCGCGUGCUGGAACUGCGCGACCCCAUCCGCAGCAUCGACGAGAUGAUCUGCCGGCGGAUGAAGUGAUACACAUUGCACAUAUGAGUUGUUGUUGUGAUUUGCUGCCUUCGGUUGGUUUGGAAGCAUCGGUAGGACAGCCUGUGGCGGAGUUUCUUUUUGUAGCAUUGUAAGCAACACACAAACACACUAUUUUACGCUUUUACUGUACCUUGUUUUCGCUACAUUUUACGUACAACUACAUCCCAGAUACAUUCCAAGAGUGUAGGAAAAAAGCGAGUCGACCUGUUCAAUCCAAAGCUGGUGGUGGUGAUAUCACGCGUUACUCCCGCCAGCAUUACUGCAAACGUGACUGGGAAGAGUUGCAUUGCGGUGUGCUUAGCAGGACAGUUGAUGACACGGUGGCGUUCGGUUGCGGGGAGGUUGUCGGAAAAGCAACAGAAAAACCCGUUUCGGAAACUGUGCGGUAUUCCGGUUAAUCUUAAUUUUAUUGCUAAGUAUAUAACAGGUAAAUUACAACCUAUCCACGAUUCCUCGACAUUGGAAAGGAAAUAGAAUUCCAGCCUCCCCGGCGGGCCUACCCCGGCGGGCGGGGCACGGAACGGUAGGACGGAAGCUAGAACCGGAGGGUGGAGGGGCGGGUUUUGCAUUAUGCAACGCUCCACAGCACGAGCGGAACCAUCGGAAACCGGUUUCGCGUUCUGUCGCUCGGGGCGGCAAGCAAAGGGGUACGUGUGUGUUUGUGUUGAGAGUGGUCAUGGCGAUAAGAUUAUUCUACCAGUGGACGGGUAGAUGGGGACAGGACGUGUGUGUGUGUGUGAUUUUCAGUUGCAGUUGCAUUCCCGGUCGGUUCACCGCACGCUCGCUCUCCCACCAGGCUGCUCCAUUCUCCGGCGCUCCGCUUGUUGUGGUCCCUUCCCUUCGGGUCAAUCUCUGUGUUUGUGCGCGCUUGUGUGUCUGUCUGUAUACGCUUCCGAUCCCGUUCACGUGUCCCCUGCCUGCGUGAGCCCAAACCCCCCCCCCCCCCACUACACCAGAUCGUAAUCGAUCCGCGCGCCCAUCCGCCGCAGCGCGAUGAUCGUAUUGACCGCCUUGAUCCAGCGCUUCUUGAUAACAUAGCGUUUCAACUUUGUUUUUGUCACAGAUAGCUCGGUGGUGCUCUGGGCGGUCGUUUCCGCCAGCCACGGAUGCCGCAGCGCCUUCCGCGCGGUCAGCCGCCGCUCGCCGUCCCGCACCAGCAGCUUGCGCACGAAGUCCUUCGCGCUGUCCGACACCGCGUCGAACGAUUUGUAGUCGAACGUGUACGCGCCCUGCAGGACGUUCGUCAUCGUGGCCUGGUCGUCGCCGCCCACGAACGGUGACAGCCCGGAGAGGCUGUUUGGCGGGUUGCGAACGAGCGGGUUUGUUUGUUUUUUGGUUUUUGGCGCAUUCGUGGGGGCAAAAAAGAUGUUUGGAGCAUUGAUGAAAGUGUGCGAUGCGAUGCGUGGUGACGCGCGUAGUGGUGACAGUGAUGAGAGCGGCAAGACGCAAUUUACGUGACAAAAGUGGAUAACAGGGGAGAGAGAGAAAAAAGAGAGAAAGAAAGAGAGAAAAAAAGCGUGAAAGGAAGAGAAAUAUGAAAAAAACACUAAAGCGAAUGAAUGAACACGAAAACGGAUGUUACACAGCACAGUUGGAGUUGCAUUUCCAGAGCAGUUGGUGUGAGAGUAGUAUAGCACAUUCUUAUCUUAUUCUUAUAAGGAAUGUUUGAUAGUAAUGCAAUCUAAUGUCUUUAAUGUCCAUUUUUAAUCAACCACACACACAUAAAGUCAUUAUUUUUAACGAACUCUCACAGUUGUGCUCUGGGAACGCCGCAGCCGACUUGUAACGAACUGUUCACAUACAACUAUCUCGUAAACGUUAGUGUCACAGGGUGCUGGAGUUUAGUGUUGCGUAAAGUGCGCAAACGAAACGUGUACGAUAAUCAAUUAGUGUGUCAGGGCAGCAGAGUGUGGCCAACAGCUGGGCAAUAAGGUAUCUCCGGCAUCUUGUCCAAUUCCCGGAAAUGGACUUUCCAAACGAUUCCAUGCAAUGCUGUACAGUCGUAUAAAUGUUUAAAAUUAUUUAUCUUUCCCCCGCCGAACGUGUGUACGAGGGGGGAAUUUCCAACACGUGCUUGAAAGUGCGUUCGGGUAUUUUUCACCCCUCAUUAGCACGAAAGAUCCCGUGGUUUUGCAGGUCCACAGGGGAAGGGAAAAGAAUACGAUUAAAACAUAGAAAAAAAUCCAAUCGGCACGGGAUUUUGGAAAAUCGCACGCUCGCUCGCUUGAAAUAGAUGGGGAAGUUUCACCCUUUUGCUAUGCUAAUUUCCACCUGUGCCGGGCGCGCUCUGUUAUUAUGUCAUGUACUGUGGUAUCUCCGAAAUGAAUGAAGUUGCAAAUGCACCAAGCGAUCGGGUUGAUUUGUAUGCGCGCGAGUGUAUGCUAAUGAGGGCACCGUUGCCGGUCACGGGUCCCACGCGGCUGAGUUGAAGAAACUCAGUGCUCAGGGGGAUUUACCGGUGGGGAUAAUGUAUGAGGAGGGGGGAUCGAUCCUCCUCGAGCAUUGAUUACGGUUUACGGUGUGAUUAAAUCGAUAUUCGUUCGCAUUGGCUGUGUGAGGUGUGCAGCAGUUUAAUGAUCGAUUGGAGCGGUGAGGAGGGGUUUACAUCCCAAAAGGGGGAUUUUCGUUUUCAAAGUCACUUUUUUCUAAUUUCUUUUCCAUAAAAUGGGAAUCCUUUACAUUCGUUUAACACGUGGCCAUGCAUGGGGAUGAAUGGAAGGCACACACACACACACACGCCAACAGCGGGCAGUGAUGGAAGCAACGUGAAUUAAAAGACGGAAAAAUCACGAAUAUUUACGAACGUUGAACGAUAAACGGGCAGGCACAGUGAACGCCAGGAAGAACCAAUUAAAUUGAGAUGCAUCCGCAUCGUUUCUUCCCACAGCUCAAUGCUGCGCCCCUUGCCGUUGAUGGUCCAACAGGAAUGGUGGGAACGGAGCACGAAAACGACGCGGGCGCGAUCGAUCCGUCCAUCGAUUACCGGUAAUAAAAACCAAAUCAAAACGGUAUGUUACCAAGAACACUUCGCUAGUGAGGAAACAUAUAAUUGCAAACACGCUUGAAUUGGCGGCGCAGUUUUGCGUGCGAUCACAGUGCUGGUCAAUACGUGAUCAGUAUUCGGGCACACAAAAAAGGAGAUUACAUUUAGGUGAAUUAGGAAAUUGUUUGUUUUUUUUUUUGCUUAUUUAGCUCUUCAGUGCCACUACAAAAAUGGGAAAAGAAAAACCAAUUAAAUGGGCUCCAAUUGAUGAGAAAAAAAGGAGAAAUAAAUUUAAAACAAUACUAUCGAAUGUUGUAAGAAAGUAAAACUAAAAAGAAA